CAGGCCAUCUUUGGUCGUCCUCGCCAGUGACAUCGAGUGUGGACAUCUUACACAUUCAACUCAUCGUUGCUUCAUCUCAUGAUUACAAAACACAUUUAAAGUGCCGACCAGGCGUCCGGAGUAGCUGCACUGUGAGCAGGACACUGAGUGGCAUUUUUUCCCCUUAGCGGAACAGUUCGUUGCGUUUCUCAUAGAAAAAAAAAAAGAGGGCGAGACGGGAGAGGCGGUGAGACAACAACAUGGAUGAAGAAUAUGAUGUGAUCGUUUUGGGCACCGGACUCACAGAAUGUAUCCUAUCUGGGAUCAUGUCUGUGAAUGGCAAGAAGGUUCUGCACAUGGACAGGAACCCGUACUAUGGUGGUGAGAGCUCCUCCAUCACCCCACUGGAAGAGCUUUACAAGCGCUUCAGCCUUCCUAACACUCCGCCCGAAUCGAUGGGCCGAGGACGCGACUGGAACGUGGACCUCAUCCCCAAGUUCCUCAUGGCCAACGGUCAACUGGUGAAGAUGCUGUUGUAUACAGAAGUGACUCGGUACUUGGACUUCAAAGUGGUGGAAGGAAGUUUCGUUUACAAGGGAGGAAAGAUUUACAAGGUCCCGUCCACCGAAACCGAGGCGUUAGCUUCAAAUUUGAUGGGAAUGUUUGAGAAGCGCCGCUUCCGCAAGUUCUUAGUCUUUGUGGCUAACUUUGACGAGAACGACCCCAAGACCUUCGAGGGCGUGGACCCCAAGACCACCACCAUGAGGGAUGUUUACAAGAAGUUUGACCUCGGCCAGGAUGUCAUUGACUUUACCGGCCAUGCCCUUGCCCUCUACAGGACAGAUGAGUACCUGGAUUUCCCCUGCCUGGACACCAUCAAUCGAAUCAAGUUGUACAGCGAGUCGCUGGCGCGUUACGGGAGGAGCCCGUACCUCUACCCCUUGUAUGGCCUUGGAGAGCUGCCGCAGGGAUUUGCCAGAUUGAGCGCCAUCUACGGAGGCACUUACAUGCUGAACAAGCCAGUGGAUGAAAUUGUUAUUGAAGGCGGCCACGUGAUUGGCGUUAAGUCCGAAGGCGAGGUGGCUCGCUGCAAGCAGCUGAUCUGCGAUCCCAGCUACAUCCCCGACCGCGUGCGCAAGGCGGGCCAGGUGAUCCGAGUCAUCUGCAUCCUCAGCCAUCCCAUCAAAAACACCAACGAUGCCAACUCCUGUCAGAUCAUCAUCCCUCAGAAUCAGGUCAAUCGUAACUCCGACAUCUACGUGUGCAUGAUCUCUUAUGCCCACAACGUGGCGGCCCAGGGGAAGUACAUCGCCAUUGUCAGCACCACAGUGGAAACCAGCGAGCCGGAGUCUGAGAUCCAGCCCGCCAUCGAGCUGCUGGAGCCAAUUGACCAAAAGUUUGUGGCUAUCAGUGAUCUCUACGAGCCCACGGAUGACGGCACGGAGAGCCAGAUCUUCGCCUCCAGCUCCUACGACGCGACCACUCACUUUGAGACCACCUGCAAUGACAUCAAGGACAUCUACAAGCGCAUGACGGGCAGCGACUUUGACUUUGAGAACAUGAAGCGCAAACAGAACGACGUGUUCGGGGAGGACGAACAGUGAGCGCCCCGCUCGACAGGGAGGAGGCGGCGUUGGAAAGGGGCAAAAGGGGGGAGAUGGCCUGGCAUGAAAGUGCUGUGCCCGCCUUUUGCCGCCAUUUGCCGCCAUUUGCCUCCUUUUCCUUGCACGCUCCCCUCUCUCCUAAUACACACACACACACACCGCAGUCACCCAAAAGCAGAGCUGAUACGGUCAUUCAUUCCGUUGUAGAAUCUAUAAUCACGUCUUGUCUGUAGAUGUCCAUUUAGAAUUUAGCAUUUCAUUCUUUUCCGACCAUCUUUUCUCAUGUCAGUUAACAGCUUUGUGUAGAAUUUUCCAGAAAGCUUCACGUGCAUGCAUGGUAGUCCCACGCAGUAGUAGUGCGCAAACAACACGGGCGGCGCUCCGAAGGCCGCGCCGUGGCACCUGUCAGCCCUGCUUUUAUUCGUAUGACACGCCACUCCUACUUUGGGCGCAAUGACGUGCGUCUUCUGUCGACCAAUGUGCUAACUUUGCCACUCUGUCGUGUUCCCACCUGCGCUAGCAAGCCAGCUAGCCGGUUGGCUCUUUUCUGUCACUUCCGUACAAAAGCAGUCAUUUGGUUAACAUGUCACAUCCCUUUUACCGGUGCAGUCGUUUUAACAUUUAAAAGGAUUUUUAUGUGUUUGCGUUUGGUGCACGUUUUCACUGGCUGAAGUUAUGACGUUUACAGAGGCGAGGUACAAACUGAGCUUGAGCAGAAAUGUUGUUGAGAGUAAGCAAGACUGAGGUGAGACUUGUUUUUUUGAUUGUGGCGAUUGGAAAUGACAGAUGUGAGCACAUUUGUUCAUAGUUUAGUGGAAUGUUUCACUCGUGAGUGAAUGAAGACUGACAUUUUGGCUGAAAGUGAAAGCACCCGAUUGUGUCCCAGUUGUUCCAAGCCUUGUGUAGGUCAAUGAGAUGAGUCAGUCGCUUGGAGGCUAAAUGUAAAGUCAGGUCCCUAAAUAUUGGGUCAUGGGAAGAAUUGGACCAAAUGAAACCAACAAGAUUUGCUCAGAUCCAAACAGACAACGAUUGUCUCCAUUUCCCGAUAACGAUGGACGUGACUCUAGUGAAAGUAUGAGCUUGGCGACAGAGGAAGGGUGAGAAGCCUCCACGAUGACAAAGCCGAAGAGAAAUGCCGCCCCAAAACAAACAAACUGACACGCUGUUAUUUGGUUGAAGCCUUAAUUUGGGGUUUGAUUCAAAAUUUUGGCCCAUUAUGUUCCUGAAAGCACUUGCUCACUUACGCUUCUGCCCAUCCAACUGCUUCCUUUAGCAUCCGUUCACUCGGCAACCCUGAAAAGAGUUCAUGAGUGUAUGUGUCUUAAUGAUAUUCUCUAUUUAUUCAAGUUGAAGAUGCUAUACGCUCAUUUUGCUUGUUCUGCAAUGUGCUCACACAGAAAUACAGAGCAAUGACGUAUUUCAUUUGACCAGCCAUCCUUCCUUCUUUCCAAUUGUUUGCUUGGAUUGAGAAACGGUAUUAGCGACAGUCCCAGUCCAGAUGCGAACAGUUGUGUUUUUGCCACUUUCACACUGUUUAUUCAUUGUUUAACUCAACAUUGUUUGUGUGUGUGGACAAAUGUUACCUGAAAAUAACUGGAAUUCGCUUUCCUCAUUAAUAUAUUGCCCUGCCUUCCUCAUUAUGAAGUGCUAUAACAUCUUUUUAUUUAAUUUAUUUAAAACAAAAAGGCCCACAUGUUGUUGUACUGUUUUAAUUCACAUCGUUUGGCCUUUGAGAUUCACUAUUGACAACUUCCCAUUGAAUUGACUAAAGAAAUAGGCCGAGUAGUAGAAACCUUACUGUCCUUGUUUGAUCACUAGUAUGUGAACAAUGCCUAAUGUCUUGUGUAACAAAUACAAUGAAGUAAACUAUGAAUGAAAUGAUAGAAAAAUAAAAAAAAAAGCACAUGGCGAAA